GCCCACCUUUGAAGGUUUUGAACCUCUGUCCCCCCAACACAAAGCAAAAGAAGGAGAGGUGAGAAAUCAAACGACACAAUGAGCUAUCUUUCUGUCCUCGGAAAAGUAAGGAAUCCUACCUUGCCUUUCUCCAUGAAGAACAAGAAAUUUCUCAACACAAGCCAAGCCUAGAACAAGUAUUCAAGUCAUUUUCACACCAACUAGGAGUACAAGCCUAUAAAUAUAGUGCAUUUGGAAGGCGUCAAGCCAUCCGAAUCACUUCAACCCUCUAUAGACUCAUGGACAGAAUGAGAUCAAGAAAGCCUACCUUCAAAGGCCAUCCUUCAUUGGUAUCGAGGGCAACGCACGAAGAUUUCAAGCCAACCAUCGAAUGGAUCGAUGACCAAUCCCGUCGUACUCUUCUCUUGCAGUUGCCAGGUUUCAAGAGGGAGGAGAUCAGGGUCCAGCUUGAUAAUGCUGGGAAGUUGCUAAUCAAAGGAAGCAAACAAGUGAGUGAAAACAAGUACCUUGACGUUGAUGAGAUUUUUGAUGUGCCUGAAGACACGAUUGCCGAUAAAAUCAGUGGGAGGUUCGAGGAUGGACGUCUCACAUUGGUUAUGCCAAAGAGGGAAGUGAAAGAAUUUGUAGGGGAGAAGAAAGAAGCCGCAAAAUAUGAAGGACAUAUCGAAGAGAAGACACCUAUGCAUGAAGAGAAGAAAGAUGAACAUAUAGAGGAGAGGACUAAAGAUACUGGAGAGAGCCAGAACGAACCAACUCAAGAGGAGAAAGCGAAGAGCAUCGGGGAGGACAAGAAAGAUGCAGCAGCGAAACAUGAACAUCCAGAGGAGAAGCCAACUAGUCGUGAAGAGAAGGAAGAAAAUAGAAAGGAGGAGAAGCCAAAAGAUACCAAAGAGAAGCAGAAUGAACCAACUCGAAAGGAAACGCGAAAGAGUAAAGAUGAACCCGUAAAGGAGGAAGAAUCGAAGAAUAUCGAAGAGAAAACUACGAAGAUGAAGAAGUUGAGGGAAAUGAGAAAGAUGAUUCCAAUUAGCUGGUUGGACCCUGGUACGUUGGAUAAGCUGAAUAGAAACAAGAAGGUGAUUGCUGCGUUGGAUAAGCUGAAUAGAAACAAGAAGGUGAUUGCUGUGGCGGUCGUGUCAUUUUCUGCUGGGGUUUAUGCCUGUCUUAAACUGAGCUCGUCGGGGAUGAGUUCAGCAUGCUGCACUGUAGCAUAAGUGUACAUGUGUUCAAAUUCAUGCUGUAAAUAACACAUCAUAAUAAAUGAUAAAUUACAAGCCUACAUUCAUUGA